AUGCCGAAAGGCAGGUUUUACGAGACCUUCUGGGGGCCUGACGAUCAUGGCCGUGUCUACAAGAAUGUCGUGUCGACAGAGAACAAAGAAGAGCAUGCCCGGAAAAGGAAAUAUAUUUCCAAUGCCUUUUCUCAAAAGAAUAUUGUCACUCUCGAACCUGUCAUUCGUCGGCGGCUGAGCCAUCUCGUCAAGCAUCUUGACAGAUUGGUCGAGAAACGGACUAUCGCCGAGGGAGACCAAUCUCGUGACAGGCAGGUUGAUCUAUACAAAUGGAUCAACUACCUUUUGUACGACACCUCUUCAGAGCUAACCUUCGGCGAAGCUCUUGGUCUGUGCGACAAAGGGAGUGCUGUUCUCGAUGCCCUUCCUUUCGAUGGCUCGCCCGUCUACCAAGUAGAAGGCGUGGACGCCUUUCAGUCAUCUGGCGCAUACAGUGCUUUCUUUGGGCCAUGGCCGUCACUCCACACCACCCUCAAAAAGCUCACAAGCUGGCAUUGGAAUGCCAAAAAGGGCCAAAAGUAUGGCGAAGCCGUGCAUCUCUACCUGCAACAGCGUCUCCGCCGCGGGCAGACGCAAGACUUUCGUGACUUUGUGUCCUAUCUCCUGCAGGAUAGCCAGCAGAAGGAUAGGAAUCUCGAGUACGGCGAGCUGUUGGCUGAGACGGUCGUCAUCUUCGCUUCCGCGAUCGACCUUCUGGCUUCCGUAACCACAAACGCAAUGUACCACCUGAUCAAGAACCCAGCUUGCUUGCACAAAUUACGCGUGGAACUGGAUACCUCCUUGGGGGAUGCACUCGUCCCCACAUACGAGCAAAUCGCUCAACUACCCUACCUGAAGGCAGUAUUUGAGGAAGCGCUAAGGGAUCGACCGCCAAUCCCUCAAGGUCUUCCCAGGAUCGUCCCCGAGGGCGGAGCCAUCAUAUCAGGACAUUUUGUCAAAGGUGGUACCACCGUAUCAGUUCCACUUUUCUCGCUGCACCACAACCCCUCGAUCUUCCCUGAUCCAUGGACCUUUCGUCCCGAGCGAUGGCUGGACGAAAAUGCAGACACCUCCAAGAGAGAAUACCUGCUGCCAUUUUCUCUGGGCCCACGUGCCUGUACAGGACGAAAUCUAGCGUACCUCCAGAUUCCUCUCAUCAUUGCAACUCUUGUUCGGCGGUACGACUUUGAAUUGCCUUCACCAGACUGGGAAAUGCAGUGGAGAGAACCUCUGAAUAUGAACCCCAUCUCUUUGCCCGUGAGACUUGUGAAAAGAGAAGUCGGGGGCUUAGAAGGCUUAUAG